GAAAUAGGAAUCUUUGCGAAGUGGUGAUUGAUGGCGGUAUAUGUGUAAAAGAAUAUUGAAUUUGUAACCAUGCAUUGCAUGUAAAUGUUUUAUAGAAAAUGUUUUGGCGAAUGAAAUGAUAUGGGGCCAUUACAAUAAAAUAAGAAGAAAGAAAUUUUAAUAUUUAUAACGUCUUAUUCAGGAAAAAUAUAAUCCGACCACAUGAAUACAUGAUUUAAAAUAAUCUUUUUGCGGGAUUAUCUUUAUUAUAUAUAUCAGAGUUAUAUUGUAGCUUCCUGAACUUUUUUAGUUUUUCAUACUGUUAUGAUUAGGUUUUAUGUGGCGAUUUUAGCAUCUGGAGAUGUGAUUUACUGUUAGUUACUUGCUUAUUUGGCUUGUUGCUUUGCAAAUUUUUAAUUUUUAUUUUUAUGUACUUUUAUAUCGAUAAAAAUUGCACAUCCCUAAGAAAUGCAUGCGUGCGUGUGUUGCUUUUGCUUGUUUUGUUUACACUUAGGAACUUUUGUGGAACUUUUUUGUACCUACCUAUAUUAUGUUUCAUUUCAUUAGAUUUAGAUGGUAGGUUUUCUUUAUUAUGAAUAAUUACAAGAGUAAAGUUAAUUAUGAUAGUCCAUGUGAUUCGGAUAAUGAUUGGACAAGCUCUUCAAAUGAUUCCAAAUAUUCUGAUUCUGAAAGUUCAGUGCCAGAGUGGGAUUCAGAUGUGGGUGAAGAUGGAGAACUUGUUUAUAUUAGAAUCAAAGUAAGUAAUGAUUCAGCAGCGGAUUCAAAAGUCCCAUUAUUGGAAAACUGUGAGGCAUUUAAAUUAAGAAAUAAUUUCAAAAGAUCUUCCACCAGGCGGUCAGCAAAAGGCAGAAUAUUUAAAGCUCUCAAAGUACGCAAGGCAAAAAAUAUAGACCAUGGAAAUAAGCAAGAUGGUGGUACCACUUCAUCUAUAUGUCAAGCCAAUAGUAAACAAUCACAGGAUAUUGAUGCGGCUGUGGAUAUUAUGGUCAGCAAAAACUUCAUUUUCACCAGUGAAAAGAAUUGCCAGAUAGAAAAAAUGCUAGGCAUAAGUCUGGAAGUUCACCCAGAUGGCAAGAAAUUAGUAGUUCAAGACUUUUCCAUUGAAGCCCACACAAUAUAUUCACCGAAAAUAAAAAAGGGAUAUAUUCUAUGGAAACUAAAUGGAAUUGAAGUUGACUCUAAUAACAUUAAUAAUGUUCUUCAAAGGAUUGCUGAAGAUCCUUUCAGCACUAAGUUGACUUUUCAGAUGCCAACAGAAAAUGUUAAAAUUGAUUACGUGAAAUUACUUACUUCAAAAAAUAUUGACAAUUCUCUCACUCAGUUAUUCAGAGAUUCACAGUGUGCAGUUCUGUAUAUCUGUUGCAAUGAUAUUGAAUAUCAGAACAAUGAUGACAAGGGAGUAUUAUAUUGCUAUCCAAGGCCAUACAACCAAAAUUUCUUGUAUAACACUAGAGGUGCCUAUGUCACUUUGUGCCAUUUGGCUCCCAAGUCUCUGGGGACAAGUGAUCCGAUCACAUCAACAGUUUUUUAUUCUGAAUGUCUUAUCAAUGUUACCUAUACAACGAAUUAUGGAGAUCUGUUAUUAGUCGCAUUCCCAAAUAAAUACGUCAAUGUAUUUUCAGCAAAAAAACUUAUUAAUGACAUAGUAAGAAUGCUGAAAUUUUUGUAUGGUUCGCUGAAGUCCUGUUUUACAAAGCCUAACAAUGUGGACAAGUUGGAUGGUAUAUUUUCUCGAGUAUUCGUGUCCGUAUUGCACGGUGUUACAGACAGAGAAGGCAAUGUUAGGAAGUUUGAGGAUUUAUUGGCCGCUCAUUCUGUGACUUUGCCGUUGGAUGUGAGAGUACAAGUUGAUGAUGCGAUUACUGAGAUUGAAGCAGCUGAUUAUCGAGAAUGGACAGACGACGUAGAAAACUUUCAAAGACUAUACACAGUGAUAGGAGCCUGUUUAUAUUACUCUGGUCACCUGCUCAGCAGUCACUUGCAAGACGAGGAUUUGAAGGAGAUCAACGCGUAUCUAAAACUGAAUGGUAUUUUAAAGCUGAGCACAGAACAGGAACUAGAGAAACUCGUUAUGUGGAAAGAAGUUUUCAUUCAUGAACAUAGAACUGCUAAUAAGAAAGAAAAUACAGAAUUUAGAAUUCCAGACGGCCGCUGGUUUCUACUGCUCGUUGGUAAAGGUCAUUUUAUACUGGCCACCUUGAUGGAGGCUGGAGGUUGUACUGAAGAUGCAGUAGGCGUGACGCCGCCAUCGCCAUUCUACGUAGAGGAGUGCGAGAGUUGUCUAGAACUACUGUACGAGGUGGGCCUCAACAAGUACCUCGCCUCGUGGUUCUGCUCCAACACUCAGCCGCAACUGGAGACGUCGCCGGAGUACCUCACCAAGCAUGGCAGGAAAAUGAGGGAACUAAAUGCACUAAAAGCUGACACACUAAAAUCGUCAACGCUAAAACUGUCGAAGUCCACGAUCGACUUGAAGAAGCGCCACAGCUCGUCGGAGCAAAUAAACUCAUGUAACUCUGAGAACACCUUUGGCAGCCAUCACAGUUUGUAUAACCAGUGGUACAGUGGGCCGCAGAAACAGUAUCGCCACUCUAGCAGCUUUGAUGUCAGCUAUUCUGAAGAUUCCAACAGUUUGAAGAGUAAUAGUGAAAUCAACGACGACCGCGUCCAAGGAAGAAGGGCUGAUAGGGAACAGAAAAACAAAAGGGACUCUUCCGGUUCCGAUUCAGAUUGGGAUAGGCAGGAUGGCAAAGCGAGUAGCAGUGUCGACAUGUCUGACAUGAGGAAAUCUCUGCUCAAUGAAAUAGACAGGGUCACUACUCAUAGGAUAACAGCUGGCGACGAAAACGUGUUAUUCCACUUUGUCCAAUUGGACUCUGCGAAGGGAAUGCUGAUAGCGCCCGUCAAGAAUAUCGAAGCGCAAGCCAACAACGCUCUGUAUUCCUAUAUCAUUGGGACUUUUAGGUCCGCUUGCAGGAGAAUACACGACUUGUUGCAACACAGUAUUAGGUUUAAAACUAACCAGACUCCGUCGCCGCCGCUGAAUAAAAUCCUCAUCGCGGUGAAAGAGCACGGCAUAUUGUUCCAAGCGCCCGCGCACGUCCUUGCUCAGUGCGGGAUCAACAAGAAGGGUUCCGAAAACUUCCAGUUUUGGGUUGUUGGCCGCGUAUUCAGUUCGCCGGAGCCGCGCGAACUGUAUCUGUGCUAUCAUGAGUCCGUGCCGCAGGACCUCACCGAAGUUGCCUAUCUUCUUUCUUAUUUGGAAUAAAUCACAAAUAGUGAUAAAUAAAUAUAUAAUAUGGACAAAUCACACAGAUCGAGUUAGCUGUUAGCCCCAAUAGGGCCGUUGUCAUCGAGUUGAUACUUUUUUUCAUGUAUGUGUCAACAACAAAAAAAUAUAUGGGGCUAUGACGGUGGGCACAAGUGACGUCACAAAUGUCGAAGUCAAAAAAUAAAAUUGAUCAAUUGACAUUUUAUUAUCGUCACCGAACUUUAGCGGAUUCGGCAUGCAUUGCUGGUUUUUCAUUACGGUAAAUAAAAGCUCUCAUACAAAAUACGUAGGUACUACGUUCAUUCAUUGGAGUCCUCAUUUUGUCUGAGUUCGGCGAUAGUGUGGCAUAAUAAACACUGCUGCUCAUCGGGAAUAAAAUUGUUGUUGCAAUUUGUAACAGUGUUACACAUUCCCACUUGCGUUUUUCCCAAUAAGUAUCACUGUUACUAAUCGGUACUUUACAUUCCUCAUUAGUAUAAGUAUUUUGCAAAUGGGUUGUGAGAUAAAAUUAGUUAAUAUUUUUUGUAGGUUUUGUAUAAGACAAAAUGCAUAGGUUAUGUAUGACAUUAAUGAAAACAAAUGUUGAAAAAUUAGACAAAGAUUAUUCAUUUGCAAAAACAUGAGUUUACAUUGUUUCACCGUCCACGGGUAUCCCACAAAACAAAAUAGAAUAAAUAAAAUUAACUAAAAAUCUGUUUCUAUCAUAAAAAAAAUCCUUCCAAUUAUAAUAACAUUUAUCAAUCAGUAAGGACCUGAGGUGCUUUUUAAAUAAAUUUAAAUUCUGAUUUUUAUAUUAUUGUGGAAUUUUGUUAUAAAUUUUAGGUGCCAUAGGUACAUACAAUACUUUUACUGAGUAAUGUCACUUUAGAAGGGUGUAAACAAAGUCUAUAAUUAUCACAACAUCACAAAGGCGUGGGAAUAAAUGAGCAUUACAUUAACAAAUAUUGCAACCUCAAGUACCUAUAUAAAGUGAAGGAAGUGUUAGAAUUUUAUGUUGUUUAAAAAGCGGCUUUUACGAUACUUUGUAGACCAAACAUUACGCGAAUACAACGUUUUUGCAUUUUGAAGGCUAAAUGCUAAAUCCUUGUCUGUAGAAUUCCUCCAGAAAAUUAUUCCGUAUCUAAGAACUGAUUCAACUAAACCGUGAUAUGCAGUAAGAACUUUCGUGUUUAAUCCAUUUGAUAACUUAAAUAAAACAUAAGCGGAACUACAAAGUAUUUUGCACGUUACAUGUAUAUGAUCUUUCUAGUUUAAUUUUGAAUCUAUUAUUAUCCCCAGAAAUUUAGUCGACGCAACCUCAUUCAAAAUUCGGCCUUGAUAUUCAACUUUAAAACUUUGUCUAUUUUGCGGUCUUUGACUAAAAUGUAUUAUGUUGGUUUUAUCAAGAUUUAUUUUCAAGUCAUAUUAUAAUUGAAGUUAAAGUUGAAUUAAUAUCUAAUUUGUAAAGAUUUAUAUCAUUACAUUUUAUUGUUAUUGUGCUAUCAUCAGCAAAUAGUGUCUUCCUAUGAAAUAUUCUACAGGUACUUAUAUUAAAUUGAAUUGAAAUUUGUGAUAUAUUUUUAUACUUAUCAUAAAUCAUUUUAUGAAUCAUACAAUUCAUUUACUAUAAUUAAUUUUAUAGACAAACAGUACUUAUAGAAAAAAACACGCAUGUUUUUGAAA